UGCAACCCAGAACUGGUUUCACGCACAGGAGCAGAGCAUCAGUAAUCUCGCCUCCGGAUAUGCCUUAAAAAAACUUCUGCAAAGAUGUUGAGCAGAAAAUCGGAAAUGUCUGGAAAUGCGGUGGUGCCUGCGGCCGUGGACCGCGGCAGGGUGGCGGAGAGGCUGCGAGCGGCGUUUGCCGGGCUGCAAGAGCUGCAGGUUUUGCGGGAGAAACAGGGCAACAUGGUGCAGCGGGCGCUUCGCAUGGACACGGACAGGGACAGUGAACAUGUGGGCAGUGAUGUGUGUUUACACCAAAGUGACGAUGAUACAAACAGAGCAGAGGAGCAGCAGCGGCUGGAGGCAACACUCACAGCCCUCAAACAGCAACUGACCCGUCUGCGCAGACAAGAUGUUGGACUAAAAACACACCUGCAGCAGUUAGACCAGCAGAUCAGUGAGCUUAAACUGGAUGCAUGUAAAGCUUCUGCUGAACACCUGGAGAGCGACAGCCGGCCCAGUUCAGGAUUCUUCGAGCUCAGUGAUGGUGGUUUGGGCUCUCUAUCAAACUCCUGCACCUCUGUCUACAGCGAAUGUCUCUCAGCUUCGUCUCAAGCGAGCCUCCUUCCACUGUCCUCAGGAUUCUCAUCUGCGCAUGGCCGUAACGCCCAGUUGCAGGCUGAAGUGUCCCGUAGACGCUCUGCGGACGAGACUACGGCUCAGCCGGACGUUCCACGAGGCCUGGGUGUACGUCUGGGUAGCAGCGGAAUACGCACAGGUUCACUCAGCUCCUCAGAGAGAGCCAGACAAAGGCCUGUCUCAACAGGUGAUCUUGACAGAGUGAUCAACCCUGGAUUUGGCUAUUAUAAACCGGUUGAUGUUAAAACCUCUACCAUCUCCACUAAGUUCUGCGACCCUACUGUGGAUCCCAAAUAUCAAAGCAACCUUGUGUCCCGCAAUGGUACUGAAGUGUACUGCUACCCAAGCCCCCUGCAUGCUGUAGCCCUCCAGAGCCCCAUCUUCUCUCUCAGUGGAGAGAAGGCAGGAUCUGUGGCAUCAGAUGCCCAGGAUAAACUUUCUAAGGACAUGCUUUCCAAACAUGAGCCAAGUGGCCCCAAACCUGAAGGCUAUAUCGUCAAACUGCUCCAACGCAGCUCAAGUAAGAUGAGCCUUCAGAGUGAGGUGGGUGUGGAAAAAGGCCUGAUUCCAAGUAAUGUUGCUCAGGAUCAUGGGCUUUUUGGGUGCAGAAUAAAGCAAGUGAAUGAUGACGAAGGGCAGGGAUCCCUCCAAAGGAAAAUGGAGUCCACCAAGAAUCCAAUGAAGGAUGGAAUGAAAUCGCUGCCGAGACCUGCUGACGAAAAGCAAGUGAAUUUAAACAGCGUUAGAGCAGAAGAAUACAGACAAAUGUGUCUUGUCCAGUAUUCAACAAGUACAAGGAAUCAAAAAACUACCGCAGUGAUGCAUCAAGAGAAAGUGGAUGAAAAUCAACCUAGGGAUCAGUUUGACCAGGGGAGUGGCCUUGAAGAUGCAUCAGCAGUUUCAAAGCCUCCUGAGAGGAGACCUAGCUUUACUUUCCCUAAUGAGCAGAAUAAAAGCAGAGAUGUGAAAUCUGAGUUUGUUUGCGCCCAGUUUGUGCCCGCAGGAUCUCAGAGGAUGAAGGUGCGUCAGGCAGACAAGAAGACAAAGUCUGUAAAACUGCGGAAGAGGGGUCACGAGAAACCGGCAGGUAAAAAGCACCAUCUAAAGCACUCAUUCCGAGAGCAUGAAAAGGAUAAAGGAUAUAACAGUAAAGCACGUGCAGAUAGAAAUCCAAAGCAAUUCAGUACAGAGCGGGAGUUGAUCGAUGCUCCACUUAUGGAGCCCAGACUUCGUUCUUGCUCAGAGUCUAGUCUUUUGGGGUCUGGAAAUCAAUGUGGCAUGCACGUUCAUUCAUACCGGCAGCAGAAACAUACCUCCAAAUCCACCAGACUCCCAAAGGCUCAGUUCCCAGAUGUAGAGAACCCACCCCGAAAGAAGCAGAGCUCUCAAAAAUGGCCCCUUGCUCCAGAGAUGCAGGUUCCACUUGCUCCACCAACCCACCACCAGAGGUCCAGGGAGGUGCCUAUUCACAGAGUUUCACAAAAGCCAGGAAUGGUGCGAAGUUUAAGCACUAGACCCCGCUCGGGCCACUGGGGUGGUCUUCAUCGUCCACUCCAUCCCUCUCUGUCCUCAUCUUCUUACUUUAGCAAUCUCAACUUGAAAUAUCCCCCGGCACCUAUGUCUGCCCACUACCCACCCAGGUGUGAGUCGGAAUACUCGGCCGAGUGUGCCUCACUCUUCCACUCCACCAUUGUGGAGAGCAGCGAGGGAGAGCUAAGCGACUACACCACCAACCGCUUCGGAGACAGUGAGUCAAGCCAGGAAUCUCAAACCGGUUCUGACUCGGACAGCAGCCUGUCGCUGGACGAAGAUGAUUUCUACGAGGAAGACGACGACGAAGGAGGUCUGGUGUGGGCUGAAGCUACUGUGGGUCCCACAGCCCAACAACACCUUCGUCCUGAACCAGCUUCAUGUCGCAUCAAAGCAUCCCGAGCACUGAAGAAGAAGAUCCGCCGCUUUCAACCAGCUUCACUUAAAGUCAUGACCCUCGUAUAGUCCUCAAGCUUCCUUCCACUGGUCAGAAGUUUACAGUAUUCUCACAUCUUUUAAAUAGUUCCAAGACUCUACAUGUUUGUAUUGUCUGUGCAAGUCCUUAGGAAAGAGACUGAUCUUAUGCUAUGCUACGUUAUGUAUCUUUAUGCAAGGCACUCCAUUUUAAAACAAAUUCCCAUGUACAAUUUAUUUAGCCAAAGUGUUCAAAUGUUUAUGCCUGAGCUUUAUGUAACCGCUUUUAAGAAUUUGCCCAUGCACCAAAGACUACUCUUAUUGACAAAUGAAUACAAAAAAAUGAAGCACCAAACAUGUUUUUCUUCUGUAUAUUGUAAAUGUUCUGCUGAUAUUUCUUUUAGCCAUCUUUAAAAUUACCAAAAAAGUCACCUAGUAAGAAGAUACCUUGUAUUUCUCGGAAGCCACUUGUGUGUGAUUAUUUUUCACAUCUGAUUUUUUGCUAUGCAUCAUAAUCUCCUU